ACAGGAGAGUCCUGCGAGAGAAAAACAGCGUGUAUACAGUGUGGAGAGGCUCUCGCUUGGUUUCCACUUUUUGGACACGGUGAGAGCUGAGGGACGCACUUGACGCUUGGAUCGGAAGGCUACUGGUUUUACACUGCGGAGAAUAGCCAGCAGCAUGUCUGGAUUCGCGACUGGAUGGAUAACGGUUGUGCUUGAAAGGGAGAACUCCUCAAACUAGUUGUUUUUUCUUCUUCCGGGAGAUCCACUUUUUGGGUGGUGUGAUGGUGUGCCAAAGGUGUACCACACCAACGCGUUAAUCACCAUCUGCGAAUUCAAUAUGACGCUUUUGGAUAGAUGAUAGCCCAGAUAAUGGGCGGGAGGGAGAAUGUGUCCAAAAUAUCAAAACCAAGGAGUCCUGCGUACCACAGAUGAGAGAGAAGAGAGCAAGACGGUUUGAUUGUAAGGCGAGGAAAAGGUUUAAUUCUGGUUUUAAAAAAACGUGGCGCCGGAAACACCGGGCUGGAAGUCUCUUGAUAGAAGACUCUACCUGGAGUGCAACACGCGAUAAGACUACAUUAUUUUUUAACAUAGUAUACACGUUGGGCGCAACAAACAAACAAAUCAUUCCGUAGUUAUUUCAUUACUUUACCCAUGGGCAGUUUUACACAGUCGCCCUGACAGCAUUUUGGAGAAAUAACUUUGGAGAUCCACUCUGACAUAGAAGAAGCAUAUUAUCCACGGGGAUACCAAAGGAAACCUGAACCUCGCUGUAUGCACCUUUUUAACUUUGAUCGUUUUUACACAUUGAAUCUGAACCCACUUUUUGUUCCACUUGAAGACCGCUCUCCACCGACGCUGAUCUGAUGUUAAUGAACCUAACAUAACCACGUGGUCCCAAACUUGACAUUUUGACCGAUUUGUUUUUCUUGAUUCCUCUAUUCUCCUUUCCCCCCCACCCCUUUCCCCUUAAAAUUGUAAUUCUGAAUCCAGAAGUGGCUCCGAAGUGGUGUUGCGGCUCCUCGCCCGCAGCGGAUCCGGAGCUGGGAGUGUCUGCAGCGGGAGGAGCUGGCGGAGGACCCCCUGCAUCACCGCAGGGACCAAAGACCGGUCAGGUGAAAAGGAUGGUUCGAUUGGCGGCAGAACUCUUGUUGCUUUUAGGACUUCUACUUCUUACCUUACAUAUCACCGUGUUACGGAGCAGCCCGUUGCACCAAGGGAAUUUUACGUUGAGCCAGGAUCAGCAGGAUACGUUGCUCGCAGAGAAUAAUGUCAGAGAAGAGAGCAGUUCAUCAGCCCACCAGGGCCCAGGGGAGCGGCGAGGACCAGAGCACCGGUCAGCCCAGAGGCCUGCUGCCCUCCCUUGGGCCCAGAGUCAGGCUACCGGAGGCAGCCUGCAGAAAGACGGGCCGGGGGCCUUCCUCCUGGACCUCAGCAACUUCCCUGACCUCUCCAAGGCUGAUAUAAACAGACAGAACCCCAACAUACAGGUGACCAUAGAGGUGGUGGACGGUCUAGAGGCAGCAGAGCCUGAGAAAGGCCUGAAGAAAGAGAACAAACAAGGAUGGGCUGCUCCCAACUGGAGAAACUGGUGGAAAACCUCCUCCACCUCCUCCUCGGUCUCGACCCCCCGCAGGCCCGAGGAGCAGGCGCCCUACAGGGGAGAAGGAGAAGGACGAGGGGGAGGUAAAGGAGGAGUUGGUAACACAGAGGAUAGUAAUUUCCUAAAGCCACUUGGGGACUGGGAGAGGAGAGGAGGCACAGGAGGAGGAGGAGGAGGAGGCACCAGCAAGGCUCAGACUGAAUAUGACUAUAUAGACGGAGAGGGUGACUGGAGUAACUGGUCUCCAUGCAGUGUAACCUGUAAGAACGGGAACCAGAAGAGGACCAGGUCAUGUGGUUAUGCCUGCACUGCCACUGAGUCACGCACCUGUGACAUGCCAUCCUGCCCAGGUAUUGAAGAUGCGUUCAAGACAGCCGCCACUGAGGUCAGUCUGCUGGCUGGAACCGAUGAGUUCAACGCUACAGAGCUCUUUGGCGUCGACACAGACAGCUGUGAACGCUGGAUGAACUGUAAGUCUGAGUUCCUGAAGAAAUACAUGACCAAGGUCUCCAACGACCUCCCCAGCUGCCCCUGCUCCUACCCCACCGAGGUGGCCUACAGCACGGCCGACGUCCCCGACCCCGCCACACGCCGGGACUUCCGCUGGAAGGACGCCAGCGGCCCCAAGGAGAAACUAGAGAUCUACAAACCCACGGCCCGGUGCUGCAUCCGCUCCGUGUUAACUCUAGAGUCCACUACUCUGGCCGCACAGCACUGCUGCUACAGUGACAACAUGAAGCUCAUCACCCGGGGUAAAGGAGCCGGAACACCCAACCUCAUCAGCAACGAGUUCUCCGCUGACCUCCACUACAAGGUCGACGUCCUGCCCUGGAUCAUCUGUAAGGGGGACUGGAGUCGUUAUAACCAGGUCAGGCCUCCUAACAACGGGCAGAAGUGUCCAGACAACCCACUGGAUGAGGAUUACCACAAACAGGUGGAGGACGCUCCAGAGUUUUAGAACUGGAGAGAUGAACAUGAGAAACGAAAACGAUCUGAGAAAUGUUUAUGAAUCUGUUACUUCAAUUGGUGCUUCAAACCAUCCAUGAGUGUUUUUAGACUUUGGAACUAGGUGCCAUAUUGAACAGGACUGUCUGUUGAUCAGCCGACGUGAUGAAGAGACAACUUGAACACGAGGAACUGUUCUCGUCUUCACCAUAAUCACAGUCUAUAAGUCAUGUCAGGUCUUUAUUUCUAUGACAUAUCAAAUCAAAUUAUAUUCAAAGUCAAACUGUAUGAUGGAUUUUUGACAAAUAUUUUUUCUGAUAAUAAUUCUAUAAAUGUUUGGUUUAAAAGGGAUAGCUUGGUGUAGCUUCAUAAAAAGGGAAAAUUACUUUUCAUGUUUUAGAUUUGUUUUGUAAGUUUUUAGUUUGUUUCUGAUUGGCCAAAAGGACAGCACAGGGAUUCUUAAUUGGCUGAAUGAUCAGAUCCAAAUCUCCAUGUUUUGAGUCACACCCUCCUAACCUAUCAGAAUAGAGAGAGAGAGAGAGAGAGAGACAUCCCUGACCUAUCAGAAGAGAGAGAGAGAGACAUCCCUGACCUAUCAGAAGAGAGAGAGAGAGAGAGAGACAUCCCUGACCUAUCAGAAGAGAGA